GUCGCGCUGGCACACACGGCAGACGGCCAGAUACGCACAGAGAUCUCGUCUCGAACGGUACAACCCACUUUACAAUCCAGGAGUUGACUCGAUGCUUUGGAAACUCGAAUGGUGACGUGGUGGAAAUUGUCCGGAGAUUGUAACAAAUGUCCCGUCGGAAGCAAUCGAAUCCAAAGCCCUUAAAACGGAAAGCAGAAGACGAAUUGGAAGAACUCGCAGAAGUAUUGAAAUUGCCGACGGAUGUACUGGAAAUCCGGGAAUCCCAACAAGCGGACGUCGAUUAUAUUGUUUGUAGCCACGUGACUAUCAGGGAAGGAACGCUUUUCGGGCCAUACGGUGGACAUAUCGUAGCUGACGUAGAUAACAAUCACAAAAAUAACGUUCUAGAGGCGCGUGACAAAGAGGGACGAAAAGUACAUAUUUUGCCAAGGAAUGAUUCUUGCGCCUGGCUCAAAAUAGUACGAACGGCAUCAUCCGCUUUAGAAGCUAAUCUCAACGUUCUUAUGGACGGAGAAGAGAUAUGGUGUACAGUUUCCUGUGAUAUACCGCCAAACAUAGAACUAAAGGCAUGGUACACGAUUCGUAACGAUGCUCUCAGAUAUUCCAAGAGUGGCACGUGCAACGGUCCAGCCUUCUGUCUUCCAUCGCACACCACAUGCUACGCGACUAACCACGAGUUCGAGGACCAUAAAUUAGCUUUACCCAAGACGUCGGAGGAAGGAAUAGAAACGUCGCAAAAAUCGUUAAGUCCUAGCAGAAGUGUCCACUCUGCGGGGAACAAAGAAUCUGGUCAAGAGCCGGCGGUUCUCAAUGGAGAUUUGCUAAAACACGAACCUUUUAGUCCCACAUCUUCCACUUCUCCCGGUUCCAGUCUGGAAAUGUCUCAAACAGAACAAUAUUCCGAGAACAAUAAUCAAUAUCCCGGAAGUACAUCGAAUAAUUUCUCGGCCUUUCCUUUCCGAUUGACUUCGAAUCUUCCUUCGGGUGGCCAUUUCAUUUAUGUGCCAUUUGUUCCUCAAGUCGGCGGAAAUCGGACUCCGGCAACGGAAAGCAAUGGAGAAAAACUAAGUGCCAAGUUUCAAUGCGUACAUUGUGGCAUCGCAUUCAGCAACGAAAGGAACCUCCAAGUUCAUCAGGUUCGCUAUUGCUCUCUGCGGUUGGGUAGACAUUCGCAAUGUGGUUACAACGGAGCAACUGGGGAAGACGGCAAAACUGAGCUGGAAAGUCAAGAGACGUCGACAGAAUCGGGCGAAGCGUCGAAGAAAGAAGAAAAAGAAACGGGAUCGACUUCGAAACGGGUAGUGGAUCGAGAAGUUUCCAGAAACGAUAAAGUGGACGUUAAACAUCAAAAAUCCGGAAGGCAAUACUUGUGUCGAUACUGCAAUUACACCGCAGACAAAAAAGCAAACUUAACUCGUCAUAUGAGAAUCCACGGCUCACCUUCUCCCACUUCCGAUUGCCAUAUCAACGAAAUACCAAUUAGGACUCCCCCUAUAGCUCGAUACUGUUCUAACUGCGAUAUUCAAUUUUCUUCCUAUAAAACUUACCACGUGCACAAACAGUUUUACUGCAAUACCAGGCACGUGCAAAAGUCUACCCCGUCUAUAUCUAGCCAGGGGAACGCUAGUCAGACGGAACAGAGCUCUCAGACUCCCAUCAACCAAUACUCCAUCCAGUCGCAGGAUAAAAGCAGGAGUCCUUCUCAACUUUCCAAUCCUUACAACUUAGUGCUAAAUCAACCGGUCUAUGCAGCUAUUUCCACCAACCCUUUGAUACUGAUUCCCUGCUCGUACGUGGCGGGAAAUGGUGUCACUUCUCCGAGUGGAAUCAUUCCUGCUGGAAAUAUAAUUAUUCCAUCCGGUUCUCCCGGACUCAAUAACGACAGUGCUAACAUUAUACCCGCAUUUACGGUCAUGCCAGGAGGAGCGGAUACCAAAAGAUGUAGAGAUUCUACAGAAACUAAACAUUCGAAUUCGAGACGCGAUACUUCCGACGAAAAGUUAUGUCCUCAAGAAGAUUCUUCUCUAGGAGUACCGCAAGACGUAGAUGCAACAGAAAAACCUCUCGAUCUUAGUCUUCGCAAACACGAUACUUCGCCGGCGGUUACGGACAUUGAUGAUGGCGAGUGUACUAAGUCUUCUAUUUCCAGUGUUCCUGAACAACAAGAGAGUAAAAUCGGUGCCAGAAACUUUCAACUGUCGCCCUUGCAGUCGGCUCUCUCUACCACGCCUAUAAUUGUUUCUCCAGCCUUGUCCACAGGGACAUUACCUCUAGCUGCACCUACAGGUGACACAGUGCCUCAGAUCACAUCACAAGUGCUAGUCAAACAAGGUAACAGCAAAUGUAAAGAGUGCAAUAUCGUAUUCUACAAAUAUGAAAACUAUUUGGUGCAUAAAAAACACUAUUGUGCAGCCAGGCAACAAAAGCCAGUAACUAGAAGCAGCGCUUCUCCGGAACAGAAAAUUAAAGACGAAACCAUUUCAUCUGUCUCGGAUUCCGAACGGAAGGAAGAAGAAAAUGGCGCUUUGAGUAAUAGGAUGAAACGGCCCAGAUCGUCCACACCUGGAGAAACAUGCGAUUCAGUAACUCACUCUCCACCUCUUUCGCAACCCGUGUAUCAAUUCUAUUGCAUGGCAUGCGGAAUCAAGUUUACGUCUCUGGAUAAUUUGCAGGCGCAUCAGACCUAUUAUUGCCCUAAACGAGAGGCGCUCAGAGGAGCACAGUCGGGAUUGCCAGUGACGAUGCAGAGGCAGCACGAAUUCAAGUGCAGUAAAUGUAAAAAUUCCUACCCCACCGAAGAAGCUCUGAAAGGGCAUCCCUGCAUCGUGCAAAAGAAAUGUCCGUAUUGUGACGUGUUCUGUCCGACUCUGAGCGCCGCACAGCGUCAUUUAGCCACACACACGGGCGUAAAAGCGUUCCGAUGCACUAUUUGCGGAUAUAAAGGUCACACUUUGCGAGGAAUGAGGACCCACAUUAGGAUCCACCUAGACAAAGGGCGAAGUACACCUGAAGAAACUUUCAUCGUAUGUGUAGACGAAGAAGGCACGACCAUCGGAUCUCCAUCAUCUCGCAGGAAUAGUACCGACAGACACGUACAGGAGAGUGCUGCAGUUGUAGAUGUGCCUUGUUGCGAUUCAGCAUCUUCUAACCUGUCGGCCUCUGCAAGUUCGGGACUUCCCGAAUAUCAGGACACCAACGGGAAGAAGUGUUCGAAUCAGGAAAAGAGUCCGGAACAGACUAGCGAAAUUACCCACUGGUGUCAACUGUGCGGUUAUUCUUCUUCUUACAAGGGCAACGUAGUCAGACACGUAAAACUAGUACACAGGGAGAGAAUAACAACUCAACAAGUCCAAUCAGCAGUUAACAGCCGACCUAGUGAGGCGACCGACUUCAAAAAAGCCGAAUCCCCGGUCUCUUCUACCAAGGUAGAAAAUGAAGUUAUAGUGGAAAACGGGCUAAGUAUUAACGAAGAAGUUACAGAAGCUUCUUGCAAUACAGAAUGCAGUAACACAAGCGUGGGAUCUUCUCAAGAAAAACCGAGUGCUACAGACCAAAACACGAAAGUGGCAGGACCAAAAUAUUGCAAAACUUGUGACAUAUCUUUCAAUUAUUUGUCCAACUUCUUAGCGCACAAGAAGUUCUAUUGCACACCGAGAACGGACGAUGUCGGAAAUCAAGAACCUGCACAGGUACAGUGAGAGAACGUCUUCCGUCAGACAGGAGGUAACACUACUUCGAACAAAAUAUCGAUAUUCACAAACAAAAAUUAAGAAAACAAAUCCCACCGCCUCCUAAAAUUAAAAAAAGCGAUGCAUUUGCUACAUACCAACGUUGUUUUUUUAAGUUUCUUUUCCUAGUCCUGUCGAUGCCAUUCCUAGUCUGUUGUCUAGUACCAUGUAAUAUAUACUCUAAUGUACUUACGUGUUAUCUAUGGAAAUAGAUGAGAAAGAUGGAUAUUUGAAGCAUUUGUCGACCCUAUGUUGGGUUUGUAGGUUGCUGAAACCUGCUUGAAGUAAAGUGUGUGUUUGUCAAUUAAAAGUGUUGCUUUAUUCGUAUAUUUUAUUCCUCUUAAGUCACCGAAAGAAACCGAUUUUAGUCCAGAUGCACAUAAUAAAAUCAUACAUCACACUACGUCAGAAAGUUCUGAUGAGUUUAAGCGAUUCUCCUCAACAUAAUGAGUUUAACAGGUUUAAUUUUAGGCUAUAUAUAACAUAUAAUUGUCGCAAAACUAUUUUAGAGCUUAUUUCAGGGUAAAUUUUUUAAAAUAUGAGAAUCGAUUCUUAUUUUUUCUCGAGACCAAUCUCCAUUAAAACAGUUCCACAUUAAAAUAUUUUGUUUGUGUUCUUACACGCAUCACAGAGUACCCUCAAUUCCAUUGCAUACGUAGUACCCGUAUACGUAAGUUAGAAGACUAAAAUUCUCGAUGUAACAAGACAAGUAAUAAUACCAAAUAUAUAUUACAAAAUACAGGAUAAUUGCCCAAUCAUUCAGCGAGUUCGAGUAUGAAAACAUCUUAAUAAAGUCGCUAGUCUAAACUAUUCCGACGAAUAUUUUAAUGUGUAAUUAGCGGGCGGAUAGUGCCGUAUUUCAAUAUUCAUCUUCAUGAUUAAGUGAAGGACUUUUAUACAUUAAUCACGGUUACUUUCCGAAAAUUGAAAGGAGUAGAAUUCUCACAAUUCGAAUUAAACCCGACAGCCAUUCCCUGGAUGCCGCCGCCACCGCAAAAAGGCCAUCAAUCAUCCGCUACUUGAAUGGAAGUGAAUAUAACACUUUCACUCUCAUUCCUCCUCCUAAUUUUGAUUUAUGUUGGCUAAAAAGAUCUUGUGCACCUAUUAUCAAACGAGGUUAAAAUUCUGUUGAAUGAAACGUUUCG